GUCACGUGACCCUGCAUGUCCACACGUGUUUGAAGUGCGCCUCGGCAACCUGAUGAGCAAAUCGCUUUCGUUUCUAAAGUGGGCCUAGUGCCUGUGAAAUCGGCGAUCUUACAAUGGCUCUUGCUGGUUCCAGGAGUCUGCUGUCCAAACUCUGUCUGGUUGAAAGCGUUGCCAAGAGAGCUGCAGUACCUUGCCUGCCCGCUCUCCAAAGACGUGCGGCUGGUGGGAAAGCUGACCCAAGCGAUGCAGAGGAGGACGACAAACCCUACGUGUACAGCAAAAGCAAGGCAGCCGAAUGGAAAGCUGCACAGACCUUCCGCCCGCCAGAACGCGAUGUGCCUCCUGCGCAGCGCUGGUCCGUGUUACUGAGCAUUUCAGCAUUCCUCAUCUACUUCUGUGUGCUGCGUGAGGAGAACGACUUCGACGAAUACUUGGCACGUCCCAUCACGGAAACUGUGCCAGAGCUCGAGAAGGUUGUCAAGGCGCCACCCCCGUUGCCUUCCAAGUGGGUUCCACCAGCCUGGCGGGACUGAUUCGGUGGUGGGACUAAUUCUGAUUGGAGCAAGAAUUGCACCGAAGUGGCCAUCACGUCGAGUCUUUGUUUUUUAUUUUUUUGGGUCGCAAACUAGCGUUGCACCUCCCGGCACUGCCACGAGCGGGGCCGUGAUAAUCCACAGUGACAGUCUAGUCAGUCCCAUAGCAUCAGCCAGAAUAGCUCUCCUGCAUUCAGAUCAUGCCUCAGGGGAGUGCACGUUAAAGCUUAUCAGCAAGCUAAUUGUUUGUAUCUGUAGCAGGGCUGCUGGCACAAGGCAUUGUACUCAUUUGAUGGUUGAAGACAACACGGUAGGAUUAGCUGUUCCGAAGACUGUCUUGUGGCAGCGUUGCAGUGAUGCUAAGGCGCUUGUUUCCUGGUUGAUGCAUGAAUAGGCACAUUGUGCGGUCGAUGUUGGUAAUAAGUUACAACACAUGCUGGUAUGACCGCAACGAUGUAGAUACGUCAUGUAAACUGAAGAAAAACUGUAGAGCAGCAACUGGUGGUGUCUAGGCAAAUCAGUUCAGCAGGGACCCACAAGGUGGAGGAAAGUUAAUUAACGUGAAGAAUUGUGAUUCGUUUAAAGCGCCUCUCACCAGGUCUGUUCAUUUUGAGCUGACAAGCACAGUGCAUCCAAUGUGCGCUAACGAUCGUGCCUGCAAAGCUGAAGAAGUCGUAGUUUAAUGAUCGGAAAAUUUAGAGAGGUCGGCUGGAAAAUGGAGCGUCUGGCGUGCUACUCUACGUAAGGGAAGGGGAAGAGGGGAAGAAAGAGGGUCUCAAACCAAACGCAUUGUGCCCUUUCCCUCGCCGGCGCAGCGCUCCUAGCCGGAGAGUCGACGUCACUCGCAUAAGUGCGCCUACGUAAAUGGCAGUGCUGUGAACUAACAGCGAAUCCAAGGCAACAUCAGUUACUUGUUUGAUCUGUUGCUUCAGUAGACAAAUUAAAGAGAAAUAAUAAAACAUACGAACUGAA